AUGUCUGACGAGGAAGAAGGAGAAAGUCCACGAAAGAAUGAAGGUGAAGAUGCAGACAAAUAUCCUUACGGGGAUUACGACGGAGAGCGUAACGUUUUGGGCGACAGGCACGGAUUCGGAUGGGCUUUACUUCCCAAUGGUGAUCAAUAUGAAGGUCAGUACCGAAAGGGCCUAAGACACGGAGAAGGACAGUAUGUUUUUAAAAAUGGAGCUAGAUACUCUGGUGAAUGGCGCAAAGGUCUCAAACACGGCAUUGGAAAAUUUUUAUAUACGGAUGGAUCUCGUUAUGAGGGAGAUUUCAAAAAGGAUCUUCGCCACGGUUUUGGAGUUUAUUAUUAUCCAAAUGGCGACAACUACGAAGGAUCGUGGCGCCGCAAUAAACGACAUGGGUUAGGAACUUACAUUUACGCAUUAACUCAGACAAAGUUUAUGGGAACUUGGCAAUUUGGCGUAAUGGAAGGUCCAGGUCAGUUAGUUCAUCCUAGACAUCGUUAUUAUGGCUCCUGGUCGCGUAACUUGCCUCGAGGGAACGGAUGUUUUACUUUUGAACUUAAUUGUAUGCAACACGGUUAUUAUACUUGGAUUCGAGAUCCUCAAUUUGAUGCUGCCAUAUAUGAACAAUUGAAACAAGAAGAGCAGCAGCCUCCUCAGCAAUCAAACGACGCGGAGGAGGACCCUACUCCAACUCAGCCCAAGGGUGUUGUACCCCUAUGGAGGGCAAGAGCAAUCACUAAAUAUUCACCAGAUUUGCUACCGCCGCAGGCUGUUCCACUUCCUCUUGAAGUAGAAUCUCUUGAUUCGCCACUCUCUGAACCAUAUUUGUCACAAAUCGAACUUUUACAUUUCGAGCCGGAAUCGCCUUGUGCUAGUUCUGGGGAAAAUGAAAGAUUUGGAGAAGAUGGAAACUAUUUGAAUAAAAGUGAAUAA